AUAUUUUCCUUGAUUCCUUGAUGUAAACGUUACGUAACAUGGUUAAUAGUGGUUUCAUUGCUUUGUUCUUUAUAACACAAGUCACAUUUAUUAAGUUGCUUCUUCCACGAAAUCAAAAAUAAAGUCAUAACUCAUUACUGUUACAAUAUUCACAACUUAUUAUAUGCGAUUCGUAAAAAUGUGUUCUAUAUUAAUAACAGGAGCUAAUCGAGGAAUAGGCUUGGGUCUGGUGAAAAAUUUGCUAGCCAACCAGCAACCACAAGUAGAAUACGUGUUUGCGACAUGCAGAGACAAGGGGAAAGCAAAGGAACUCAUGGAAUUAACAGCAAAUUCUAAACUUCACGUCUAUGAAGCAGAUUUGAUUGACAAUGGAUCAUUUUUUAAUUUGGCAUCUCAAGUUUCAACUAUUGUUAAAGAUAAAGGAUUAAAUGUAUUAAUCAAUAAUGCUGGUAUAUCAUCAAAAUUUACUAGAAUCGGUUUAGUCAAAUCAGACGAUCUUUUAAAUCAUUUUAAAAUUAACACUAUUGGUCCCAUUAUGCUUACACAAGCAUUUGUUCCACUGCUAAAAACUGCUUCUAAGACAAGUGAGAACUCUGUUGGCAUGUCUAAAGCUGUUAUUCUUAAUAUCAGUUCAAUCAUGAGCUCUAUUACUUUAAACGACCAAGGAGGAUUUUACCCAUACAGAACAAGCAAGAUUGCUUUGAAUGCUGCAACAAAAUCAUUAAGUAUAGAUCUUAAAAGUGAUGGUGUCCUAGCUGUGAAUCUUCAUCCUGGAUGGGUAAAAACAUCAAUGGGUGGAUCUAAUGCUCCUCUCACAGUUGAUCAGUCUGUAGCUGGAAUCUGCAAAUUUUUAUCAGAAGUCAAUGAGUCGCAUAACGGAGGACUGUACGAUUAUCAAGGGAAAAAACUUCCUUGGUAAUUCAUAUUUGUAAUUUGUUAAAUAGUUUUGUAUUAAAAUAUAGUAAAUAUGUUAGUAAAUUAAAAAAAAAUAUAUGUAUGACUAGAUAAAUGCAAGAUAAUGUUCAUUUUAAUUAAAUACCUAUGUAUAAAUUAA